CUGGAGCAAUCGGCUGAUCCAAACCCUAGAGACUCCGAUCCUUUGUUAGACAAUCACCAUGUGGACUCACAAUCGUCAUCAUCGUCAAUGUCAGCGAGUUCAAGUGAGAUAAAGAAUGAGGAUAUCGAAGCUAGUUCCGUUGCUUGCUGCCAAAUUUGCGUCGAAUGCGAUGGCGAAGAUAGUGAUGAAUUGACAUCUCCAUGCAUGUGCAAAGGCAGA